AUGUCCUGGAAGCUCACCAAAAAACUCAAGGAGACGCAUCUGGCGCCCUUAACCAAUACAUUCGGUCGCUCGUCCUCCACCUCGACGAUCAAGGGUGAUUCAAAUGGCGGUGGUGGUGAUGAGACACCGGUCGUCCCUCAGGCCCCCAGUAUCUCUCCCACUGUGUCGUCAAACGGCAUCGGUAUGGCUUCUGAGACACCUUGUGAAUUGAGUUUCAUGGCUAAUUCUUCCCCAUGUGGGAAAAUCACAGCCGCCUCUGAGACCCUCGUCUCUCCUCCAGUGGCACCUGUGAACCCAGGCAUCCUUAUUGUGACCCUCCACGAAGGUCAAGGGUUUGCCUUGUCACCGCAUUACCAGCAGAUCUUCAACUCUCAUUUCCAAAACAACUCUUACGCGCCGUCAUCUUUGCGUCCCAGCACCUCCUCCUCGUCACACUCUUCUCAUGCGCAAGCGGGUUCCUUCGUGCAGUCUGCCCGGCCGCAGUCUACCAGCGGAGGCAUCAACUCUGCCCCCACCAUCCACGGCCGUUAUUCGACCAAAUACCUUCCCUAUGCUCUUCUCGAUUUUGAAAAGAACCAGGUUUUCGUUGAUGCCGUGUCGGGUACUCCUGAAGCCCCGCUGUGGGCGGGUGACAGCACGGCGUUUAAGUUCGAUGUCUCCCGGAAGACCGAACUGAACGUCCAGUUAUACCUCCGUAACCCAGCGGCCCGACCUGGAGCCGGUCGCAGUGAGGAUAUCUUCUUGGGUGCCGUCAAGGUCCACCCUCGCUUUGAGGAAGCCGGCCAAUCCUUUCAAGAAGGAUAA